UUUUGUUCAACAUUUUAAGUUUUCGUGUUUGCUGUUGAAUUUGGGUAUUAUGCCACCCCCAAGACCAAAGGGGAUUGGAUUUACAACAGGGGUCACACCAGCUAGACCCAGUUCAAAUACCCCCAUGUCGGAAAGACAACAAAUGGCUUUAUUAAUCCAAAUGACUGCAACGUCCUCAACAGAAACAUCGCGUACGCAUUCAAAGAAAAAUGAUAAAAAAGGUGAUGCAGAUGUUGAAGAAGUCACUGCCACGGAUAAGCAGUUAGAAGUCGUCAAUGAAACCAAGGAGAAGGCAGCAACAGAGGAUUCCAGUUCAGAGAGUAAAAAUGCUGAACAAAAUAUAGCUCAAAGCGUGACAAGCACAAAGCGAAGUUAUUCGGAUGUUGAGGAAGACAUCGAGGAACAUGGCGACGACGUAAAGAAGAAGAAACGCAAAGAUUUAGAUAAUUUGAAAGACGUAAAGAAUACUUCACUUAAGGUAUCAUCUAAACUGGAGAAAACCUCAAAGUUGGCGUCCACCAAAAACUCGCCCUCAGGUAGUAAAAUAAGUACGACAGUUGCUGACAAAGAGCUGGAGGUGAACAAGACUGUGGAAAUUGAAAAUGAAACAGAAGGUAGCGAGGAUUAUAAGAGCAAUGAUAGCUCAUAUAAUGGUGCCUUGAAAGUGCCACCGCUGAAGAUUGUAAUACCGCAGCAGAAUUGCUCGAUCGACACGGAUGGUAAUGUCCUGCGUACUGGUAAAGUAGCUGCAUCACGGAAUGCGGCGUUGCCCUAUGUUGUCAGCUCCAAUAGUGAUUCGAUUGACACGGUGCUAUCCAAUCAAUGUCUGAGUCCACAUGAGAGUCCACAGAAAGUCAAUAUCGCCUGCUCGACCAUACUCGAUGAUAAGAAUAUCAAGCUAUUUAAUGACGAAAAGAACCUAAGGGUCUUACGCAGCUCCUAUCGCAGCGGCGUCACAAGCGCCGAACGCAGCUCGAACAACUCCUCCCCGCAAAUGCAGAGCAGCUCCCCAUCGCCAGCCUCAUCGAAUCAUGCCAAUGACAAUGCUGAUAUCAAGGGCUCCUAUACAAAUAUGACAGCCAGUCCCAUACAGCACAACCAAUUUGAUCAUGAGGUGUUGCCGAAUGUGCCGAGUCCUUCGACGUCCUCGACGUCAUCGUCGAAGGAGAUCAAUUCAUCUUCGAAUGUUGAGCUGCAUCCGCGUAAGCGAAAAAUAAGACCGAAGAAUAACGAUGAUAAUUCGAAAAAUUCUCAUGCCGAUAACUCGAUGGCCUCUGGCGACACCCACCCGCAUGAUUAUCCGUUUACGAAUGGAUUUCAGAUGUUCUUGAAUAUUCGCAGGCAAGUGGAGAGGAAGUGGAGAAAUCUGUAUCCCGUUAAACCUAGGCCACCUCAGGGCUACAAUGACUAUCUGCUCACGAAGCGUACUUAUCUGUUAAAUAAAAAUGUGACGACGCCUGUAAUCGAAGUGCCAGAUGCCAUUCCCGAAUGUAUGCGAGACUUUUAUAUCCAGCAAGAGAAAGCCAGGCGAGAUCUGUCCGACGGGCACACAGUGGAAAGAGAGAAACUCUGUUUGAGUGUAGAGCAGGAGAUAAUCCGAGUGCACUCAAAGGCAGCGAGAAGUAUAUCUGGCCAAGCUGCUCCCUAUUCCGUGUGUACGUUUCUAAAAGACGAUGAAAUCUAUAAUAUGAUUACGCCAGAGCAAGACGAAAAGGAAAAGAGUGCGCGCUGUCGCUUUAAUGGUCGCUUGCUGCUCAGCUGGCUACAAGACGUCGACGACAAGUGGGAGAAGAUAAAGGAAUCCAUGGUCUUGCGACAGCAUAACGAAGCGGAAAGUUUGCAUGCGGUUCAAGUUAUGGAUUGGAAUAUGUGUCUGAGGAAAAACAAAUUGUGUGAUUACAUUUACGAGCCAACCGUCGAUAAGAUUCAUGUACCCAUUGUUUAUGUGGCUGAUGAUUUUGAUAUGUUGCCAGCAUAAGAGUGGGCUUGGCUCGAUUCAAUUUGCAGUUAUUUAUACAAUGUAAAAAAAAA